UGUAUAUAAAAUCAUUACGCAAUCAAGCUGAAUGCUAGAAUCUCUACAGAACCCUAAAGUAAAAUAAAUUAUAUAGGAUACUAUUGGAGGUUGCGAUUAGUAGACAGCAACUGUUCUUGAUUUGUCUUUCGUACAUCUUUACACUUGUGAAGAAGGAAAACACAAAUUUCAUCAUUGUAGAGCGGAAGGAAUUUUAGUAUUUCUGAUUGAUAGGAGAGAAGGAAAAGUACUUAUUAUUUUAAAGCAAUAGGCAUUCUAUUUAAGAAUACUUCAUCCAGCUACCUUAGAGGUCAAAUUCUCUGUUGAAUUGUAUUUUGGAUUUAUUGAGAGUUGGUCUCCAGUGAGAGGAUUUAAUAAUUUUUAUGCAUUUCCAUUUAGCAAAGGAUUUGUUGGAAUGCUCUUUAUAAAUGAUUAAGAAGCGCAAAGAAUUACAUAAAAAAUUAAAUAAUAUGCUCCAUCUAAAAAAGAUCUUGAAAAACUGAACUAGCAAAUUAAAGAAGAGGAAAAGCUAAUAAAGGCAUAUUAACAACAAGAGAAGGAAAAAGAUUCAUUUUCUUAUUAAUUCAAAGCCUUCUUCGGAAAAGAAAAAGUUGAAAAAGUAUCAAAUAAAUAUAUAUAUUAAGCCAAUUUAAAUAGGGACUCCUUAAAAUGUUAAAAGAAAUACUCUUUCUUUGAAUGUGGAAACUGGAGAAAUAGAUAUAGACAAAUUACCUCCUGUACUAAUAGAGGUCUUUUUGAAUGCAGGAAUCACUAAAAAAGAUCUUCAAGAUAAAGCAAAGGCUAAAGAGAUCUUUAAAACUGUAGCCAAAUUUAGUGAUAAAAAUUAAUAAGCCACAGUAUCUAAAUUCUAUCUAUUAGCAACUUUAGUCAAAUUAAUUGAAUAAGAAUUCGUCAAAGUAAUAAUAAUAAUAAGUGACAAAUCCGCCUUCUCAAAAAUAAAACCCUGUUUAAGCAUAAUAAUAACAACAUAAGCCAUCAGUAGUAAUUACAAAUAAAGGUGCUCCACCUCCUCCACCACCACCUCCACCUCCCCCUCCUCCUCCACCUCCUCCAGUUCGCUAAGGUGGUAACAAACCUCAGGUAUUAUAGCCAUCAUCUCAAACAUAAAAGUAAAAUCCUCCAAGCCAAUUAGAUAAUUCGAAUUAAAUAAAUGCAAUACCAAAUCAAGUUUAAAACUAAACAACAAACCCUACAGCAUAGACACAGUAAAAACCAUAACCUCAUUCUAUCUUAAAGAGCUAGGUUGAUUAAAAAAAUCUUGCAAAAGAAAUUGAAAAUUCAACUGGUUACAAAGUUUAAGGACAUGAUAUUAAUAUGGAUAUUGGUAGUAUGAAUGCUAAGGAAAAGGAGGAUCUGUCAAUUAUGCUUGAGGCGAAUAUGAAAAAAAAUAGAAAAGUAACUUAAUUUGCAAAAAGAAAGAGUAGUAGUGAAGGUGGUUGGAGUGAUGAUUGAAUAAUUUGAAAACUA